AUGGAAGUUUCCGCUUAUAACGAGGGCCCGGGCCGAUCCCAGUACAAACGCGGCAAAUACAAUGCGAAUGAGUCUGACUCGUGUCGAUGUCUUUCAGGAUACAUGACAAGACACGGCAUAAUGCAAGGUGGAUACACUGUCAGGAAAGUCUCAGAAUAUCAAGCUUCUCUCGACAAACCUUUCAAGACAAGCACCUAUCUAGUUCUUCUUCUGACUACUCCAGUCUCUUGUCUUUUUACUACCAAAUCAUUCAAAAUAAAGGUCAAUCUCCCUCUUCUCGCCAUCUUUGCCGGCUUUGCCGCUGCUAAGCUCCCUGGCGAUGCCACGGCAAACCAGCUCGACAACAAUGGCGUCGACACCAACACCAUUGACGACUCUUCACUCACUGGACCAAACUACUGCCCUGUUGGCAAGACUUGCUCCAGCGACAAAGAAUGCGGCUUAUGCUCAUGCAAUAACCGGACCAACAAGUGCCAGGAAUAA